AGCUGAAGAAGAUCCAGAAGGUCCUGAGAUCAGAUUACCCAGAAUGCUUUGAGAGUCAGAGGGAGGAUGAGGAGGUGUUGGGUGGUGAAGAUGAGCAGAGUAGCAGCAGAGAGGCAUUUCUGAACAUCAUACUGCACUUCCUGAGGGGCAUGAAGCAGGAGCAGCUAGCUGACUGUCUGCAGAGCAGAACCAGAGCAUCAGUGUGCCGAAGCAAACUCAAGUCUAACCUGAAGGAGAAGUUCCAGUGUGUUUUUGAGGGCAUUGCUAAAGCAGGAAACCCAACCCUCCUGAACCAGAUCUACACAGAGCUCUACAUCACAGAGGGGGGGACUGCAGAGGUCAAUGAUGAACAUGAGGUCAGACAGAUUGAAACAGCAGCCAGGAAACCAAACAGACCAGAGACAACAAUCAGACAAGAAGACAUAUUUAAACCCCGACCUGGAAGAGAUGAACCAAUCAGAACAGUGAUGACAAAGGGAGUGGCUGGCAUUGGGAAAACAGUCUUAACACAGAAGUUCACUCUGGACUGGGCUGAAGACAAAGCCAACCAGGACAUACAGUUCAUAUUUCCCUUCCCUUUCAGAGAGCUGAAUGUGCUGAAAGAGGAAAAGUUCAGCUUGGUGGAGCUUGUUCAUCACUUCUUUACUGAAACCAAAGACGCAGGAAUCUGCAGGUUUGAAAAGUUCCUGGUUGUGUUCAUCUUUGACGGUCUGGAUGAGUGUCGACUUCCUCUCGACUUUCACAACAAUAAGAUCCUGACUGAUGUUACAGAGUCCACCUCAGUGGAUGUGCUGCUGACAAACCUCAUCAGGGGGAAACUGCUUCCCUCUGGUCGCCUCUGGAUAACCACACGACCUGCAGCAGCCAAUCAGAUCCCUACUGAGUGUGUGGACCUGGUGACAGAGGUCAGAGGGUUCACUGACCCACAGAAGGAGGAGUACUUCAGGAAGAGAUUCAGAGAUGAGGGGCAGGUCGACACAAUCAUCUCCCACAUCAAAACAUCACAAAGCCUCCACAUCAUGUGCCACAUCCCAGUCUUCUGCUGGAUCACUGCUACAGUUCUGGAGGAUGUGUUGAAAACCAGAGAGAGAGGAGAGCUGCCAAAGACCCUGACUGAGAUGUAUAUCCACUUCCUGGUGGUUCAGUCAGAACUGAAGAACAUCAAGUAUGAUACAGGAGCUAAGACCGAUCCAUACUUGAAGACGAUUGAGUCUCUGGGAAAACUGGCUUUUGAGCAGCUGCAGAAAGGCAACCUGGUCUUCUAUGAAUCCGACCUGACAGAGUGUGGCAUCGAUAUCAGAGCAGCCUCAGUGUACUCAGGAGUGUUCACACAGGUUUUUAGACAGGAGAGAGGAAUGUACCGGAACUACGUGUUCUGCUUCGUCCAUCUGAGUGUUCAGGAGUUUCUGGCUGCUCUUCAUGUCCAUCUGACCUUCAUCACCUCUGGUGUCAAUCUGCUGUCAGAAGAACAAACAAGACACCGGUGGGCUAAAGUAUUUAGAGGGAAACCUAAACUAACACAUCUCUACCAGAGUGCUGUGGACAAGGCCUUACAGAGUACAAAUGGACACCUGGACUUGUUCCUCCGCUUCUUCCUGGGUCUUUCACUGCAGACCAAUCAAACUCUCCUACGAGGUCUGCUGACACUGACAGGAAGUAGCUCAGAGACCAAUCAGAAAACGGCGAAGUACAUCAAGGACAAGAUCAGUGAGACUUCAUCUCCUGAGAAAAGCAUCAACCUGUUCCACUGUCUGAAUGAACUGAAUGAUCAUUCUCUACAGGAGCAGAUCCAACAGUACCUGGUAUCAGGAAGUCUCUCCACAGAUAAACUGUCUCCUGCUCAGUGGUCAGCUCUGGUCUUCAUCUUAUUGUCAUCAGGAAAAGAUCUGGAUGUGUUUGACCUGAAGAAAUACUCUGCUUCAGAGGAGGCUCUUCUGAGGCUGCUGCCAGUGGUCAAAGCCUCCAAAAAAGCUCUGUUGAGUGGUUGUAACCUCUCAGAGAGAAGCUGUGAAGCUCUGUCCUCAGUUCUCAGCUCUCAGUCCUCUAGUCUGAGAGCGCUGGACCUGAGUAACAACAACCUGCAGGAUUCAGGAGUGAAGCUGCUGUCUGCUGGACUAGAGAGUCCAAACUGUACAUUGGAAACGCUCAGUCUGUCAGGCUGUUUGGUUACAGAGAAAGGCUCUGCUGCUCUGGCCUCGGCACUGAGCUCCAACCCCUCCCAUCUGAAAGAGCUGGACCUACGUAACAAUAAUUUAGGAGACUCAGGAGUAAAAUUGCUGUCUGCUGAACUGAAAGAUUCACAUUGGAGACUGGAGACUCUCAGGUUUGACCAUGGUGGAGAAAUAAACACUCAACCCUGGUCUGAUGAAAUAUUCCUGUGAACUCACAUUGGAAACCAUCACUUCCGUGGAAAGCCGUGGAGGAAGGUGACACAUGUGAGAGAGGAGCAGCCAUAUCCUGAUCAUCCAGAGCGAUAGAACUCAUUCAUGUAGCAGUGACUUACACAGGCUGGUCAUCCACACCUUCAACACCACAUGAACCUCUUUAUCCUGGGUUUAGGUUUUGGUCUAUGUCUUACACCUCGCCUGGUUCAGUGUCACAAAUAACUGCUCAUUGUGCACACUACCACCUACAAACAACUUAAAAUGUAUACCAUUGCAAUAUCUACUUAGUCACUAUAUGAUUUCUAUUUGUUGAGAAUGAAAAUGAUUAAUUGUAAAACUGGCUGGAUUAAAUGGUUUAGUCUUCACAACUCAGUUCGUCAGCUGUUGUGAUCGCAGUGUGGCCAGUAGCAGCACUCACUGUCAAAUAUAAUUGAGGGGAACUUCACCAAAUUUGAGCCACAGAGAUCCAAAAGAGCUGCUCUUCAAACUACCUGCAUUCAUUUAUUUAAGUUUCAUGUGUUUUUGCCUGCAGGUGAGAACAUGUACUCUCCAUAUAGAGGUGUUGUUUGUCAAGUUUACCAGUCAGGAAAAUCUAUUAAUUUUAAGAAUAUACGGACACAGUUUAUAUCCUGUUUUUUCAUGGUCACUUAAUUGGAGAGAUUAUAUAUUAAAUGUCCUGUGAAUGAGUUGUACCAAGAUAUUAGUUUUGUGUUUGUGUGUUGUUUUUAUGUUUUGUAUUUCUUAUGGUAUAUUAUUUGGCAUUUGCAAGAUGAGUUUCAGAGGGCAGACGUAUUGAGUACUACAUUGACAUUUUCUUUUACUAUGCAUCAUCAUUUGUGUAUAUUGUGAUACUUCUUUUGUGUACAACUUGGAACAUUCAAUUAAGAUAUUUAUAUAGAAAAAAACUCAUCAAAGCAUGAAAUUUAGUUUGGUCGACAGGGAAGACAAAUAUAUCAAU